CACACUUCCUGUGACUCUGUGGUUUUCUUCUGCUUCUGAGUAGUCUCACUCUGCAGAGAUCCUCCACUUGUUGAUCUCUGACCCAUGUGUGAUAGCCUUUUUCUUUUCCCCCUUCAGAUUUCAGAGAAACAGCAACCAAACCCGGCUAACCAGCAUCUGACUUGAGCCGGAUUUACGGCUCCUGGAUGAAAUCUCUGGGGACAGAUCUGUUCCUCUUCUUUGAAAUGAAGCAUCUGUGAGAAAGCAGAAGGAGUGAGGUGCGCUGGAUGUCUCUGUGCACUGCAGCGUCUCCUCAGCAUGGCAGCAGCUCUGCCGCCGUACUACCACGGAGCCAUCAGCAAGAAGGAGUGUGAGGAGCUGCUGGGGAAGAAAAACAAGGAUGGAGCCUACCUGAUCCGAGACAGCGAGACCAUCCAGGGAGCCAUGUGUCUGUGUGUUUAUAAACACAAGGUGGUGUACACCUACAGACUGCUGCAGACGCACACUGGAAACUACACUCUCAUGGCUUCAGGAGGUAUGAAGGAGAUCUUCUUUAAGACUUUGGACGAACUGGUCCGUCACUAUAAGAGGAGGAACCAAGGUCUGGCCAUACACCUGCGCUCCUCCCUCAAAAGGAAGACGACUCUGUUAAUCCAGCCUCGACAAGCUCCUGAGCAGCCUGAGCCGCAGAGACGAUGGAGACAGCAGAGGCCCAUCCCCGAGGAGGACGGCGAUCACGACUACGAGAAUGCUCCAUCUUCAGAAUACGUCGAAGUCUUGCCUGAAGAGUUCCAACAGUAAAUCAUGGAACACGUGAGGAGAUGUUUAAAGGAAUAAAGACUGAACUCUGGGAGGGACAUGAGGACUGAUGGACUAAAGAACAAGGCUUUUACCUGCUUUGAUUAUAUUUCAACAACCUUUGGAUGGAUUGCCACGCCAUUUCCCAGACUGCACUCUUUGUUAUAGUUAUACAGAAGCCCUUCUUGUAACUUAAACCCACAUUUCAGUGAUGCGUCACAGACGUAGACUGGGUAUAAAAUGGAUGUAGUUUCCAUGACGUCACCCGUCUGUUUCUGAAGCGCUGUUUUGAAGCCAAUCGUGGGCGGCAGCCAUAUUGGAAAAUGCUGAACUCAACUUAAC